GUAUACGAUGUAGAUUAGUUUGUAUUUCAUACACUUUUUAUUGUUUCUCUGUUUUUUGUUGUGUUUAUUUUUACCGUGUUGCAACCAUGUUUAGUAUUAUGCCGCGAGGCUCCUAUCUAGAUGAACGCAUUUCGAAGACCUACUCUAAGGACGUGCUGCUGUCUACUUGGCAAGAACGACGUGGCGGCAAUUAUAAGCCAAACGAUUGCAUUGUCCCGGGAUUGGCGCGAGUGAAUGCCUGUGAGCUGCAUGACAGCGAGUUUCAGUCUAGUUUUACUAUCCCGGUGGAUCCGGAAGAGCAUGGCGAGGGCACACGCAAUUUCCUUGAGCGACGCCAUCAAAUGCUGCUAAAUUGGAUGCUAAAUAGCAAAUCGCAAGUUAAGUUUCCGCUCACCAAGGAGCUUAAGUAUAACUAUACGACCACCACAAAGAUAUUCUAUGAUAUACUGCCGCAACAGCGGCUGGACGAGUGCCUCAAGGCCGCGGCAGUAAGUGGUAAGCCGGGUGUACCGCUGCCUCUUAAAGAAGUUGACCUAUUGAAGAGCUACGGCAAUCGCAAUGUAACGGGCAAGAACUGCGAAAAGAAAGAGGAAAUGGCGCUCUACAGUCGCCAGAGGAUGCAGACCACAUAUGCGGCAACUUACGACCUGGCGUCGCAGAUAUUCAAAUGGCAGCCGUCGCUAUAUGAUGUAUAAGAAUUAAGCAAUAACAAAAUUGUAUACAAGUGUAGCUAAAUUGGCAAUGCGAUGCUGUUGUAAGUUCUCUGCUCAUUGGCAACGGCAUUGUGUUGAUCUCUUUUCUUGUUUCGCCUGUGGCCAAUGUGGCGAUGGUACGGUUAUAGUUGCAGCUUA